GCGCUGCCGCUCUGACGUAGUUUGGGAAGAAGCAAUCCGUGGAGGUUGUUACUUUGCGAGUCUUUCAAGUCUUCAGUCGAGCGUGCAAGUUCGGCGUCACCUGUUUGUUGUUGCUUCUCGCCUGUCACGUCAAUUGUUGAAAGGAAACAGCCGGUAUUACUGCGCGUCUCCAACAAGUUCAAACACAAAGAUCCAAAGACGGUUUUCAAGCUUCCAAGAGGAUCUGCUGGUCAAGCAUUCUCGUCAAGACCACUUCAUUCACAGUCGGGAGCAGUUUUCUCGGUGCUCAGAGGUCCAUUGGUCACUCGAGGUCACAGUCCAUUCGUCUGGCCCUCACCCUCCGCCUUCCCCGAUACCUCCUGCACAAGUCAAAGAAAAACAAACGACGCCCAAGCUGUUCACUCCAAGCAAGCUCAGUUUCAAUUCCUCCCCAUCAGGAGGCAACGCUAUGAACGUGCCCGACGUGCCUACUUUUAAGCCCGGCGCCUUCCCUCCCAGUGCCUUCAACUAUGCGCGGCCCAGACACUUUAUUCAGUCGCAGUCAGCCUUCCAGGCACCCAGCUACGAAAGUGUGAUCAGGGAGGCACAGGAGAACCAGAAUAAUUCCCAGGAAAACCUGACGUGUUCCAAGCAUAGUUCGAGUGUCACUGAAAUUCAAAAUCAAACUAAAAGGAUGUCUUCACAAAGCCAGUCAAUGUCAAAGGCCUUGUCUCAAUCUCAGUCCCAGAUUCAGUCACUGAGCCUGACUCAGAAUAAGAUGCAGGCGAAUGGUCAAGGCAAGUCAUCCCCAUCUUCAUCCAGUCUGAGCUCCCCUCUUUCCACUUCCUCUGCGGCUCCUCAUCACUCCUUUGUUGCCCCUUCUUCCACGUUGCCAUCGUCCACUUCCUCACGCGUGACCAUGCGCUCGACCAUCACCCUCACCCCGAGCAUCCCAAGCGCUAGUGGUCUUGGCAGCGCCACUCUGCCAGCCAAUCAGAACACCAUGUCUGCUUCCGCCGCCUACCUCUGUUCUGUGUUGCCCUCCCAGUCCUCUUUCUCCCCUUACCCAAAACGGUCUCCCAGCUCCACCGUCUCUUCCUCUGCCUCCCCAUCCUGCUCACCACUAGCCCCUCCAAGCCCUCACCCCCCCAUAAAAGAAGCUUCUCCUUCCUCCAUCUCUCAGCAGCCUCGCCCGUUGUCCCCUCCCUUCCCUCGCUCCAGCCUCUCUCCCACCUCGCUGCCUCAGCCCAACACACCUAACAGUCAAAACAGAGAGCCGCCAGCCGUGGUCUCCUUGCCCGCCAAAGACAAGGGGACGCCGAACACUCUUCCGAAGCCUCAAAUUGUCAAGAAAGCUGUCGCUUCUCGGCCGCCAUCCUCUCGCUCCACAGAUGAAGAGAUCCAAGGUUCUAAAGAUGCUCUCAUCCAGGAUCUGGAAAAGAAGCUACGUUCAAAAGAACCAAGGAGAAAAAACAGCCAGAAACUUUCUUAUGAGGAGCGCAUGGCUCGACGACUGCUGGGUCCAGACAACGCCAACUAUGUGUUUGACCAAGACAGUCUUUCAGACUCACAACUUGACCAGCCAGAUUCACUAGAAGGAAGACACACUGGUGGGCUAUGGGGGAAGCACCACAGUGGGACAGAUGAGCGGGGGAACGAGGAAUCCUCUAUCCAGGAGAAAUGUUACGCCCCUCGCUUCAUGCAGAUCCCACAAGACCUCACUGUGGAGGAGGGCCGCUUCUGUAGAAUUGACUUCAAGGUUGGAGGACUCCCGACACCAGAUGUCUGCUGGUACUUGGACGGUAAAGCAUUACGUCCGGACGACUACCACAAGAUGCUGGUGUGCGAGAAAGGGAUGCACUCAUUCAUCAUCGAGAUUGUCACCGUGCACCAUGCCGGCGUGUACGAGUGUGUGGCCAGGAACCGUGCAGGAGAAUGCAAAUUUACCUUGAGGCUUGAUGUCAUAGCCCAAGAGGCUCUUCGCCCCCCCUCCUUCGUUCAAAAGAUGUCAAACUUCAGAGCUCUGGAAGGUGACACUGUCAGGUUAGAAUGCAAGGUGGACGCCUCGCCUCCUCCUCAACUCUUCUGGAAGAAAGACAAAGAAAUGCUACGCAUCGAUCCAACCAGGAUGAGCCUGUACCAAGAUGGCUCGGGCAGGCAGUGCUUGUUGAUAGAGAGGGUGACCAUGUCCGAUGCGGGGUGGUACACGCUCUCUGCUAUCAAUGAGGCUGGCCUGUCGACAUGCAACGCCAGGCUGGAUAUCAGCUGCCGAGCAGUCCCACCCAUGAAGACUGCGCCCCCUGGCUCUAAGGCAUUGAACCUGCUGUCAUCUCUGAGUCAUGUACCCGCUGUGACAGCAGAGCCCCCCGUACAGCACACUGCCCCCCUCUAUGAAAGCGAGGAACUGUAGAGCCUUGCAAAAUACACGCACACCCACACCUCAGAACCGUUGAAGCGAUGAUGCGGUAUUUUAGAAUUUUUGUGUUACUGGCAUAAGAUGAAGUUUCGCUAUCGCAUGUGUUCAGAAGUUAAUCUUGGAGUCUUGAUGUUGUCUGUGACUGCAUUUACUGUUUCAGGCUAAAGGGCUAAUGUUGGAAUGAAUGUGUAAGCCUCGCUAGCCAUCAUGGCGUCUCAGCAAAAUGGUACGUUGAGGUCACUUACUGUAAGUGUAUUAAUAGUUGUGUUGUGACAGUUGGUUCAGGUGCCUCUUGUGUCCUAACGCGCAGUUUACAUGGAAACAUUUCAUCAUAAAUCAGCAUCAUGAAGCUCAUUUUCCAUAGAUUAGCUUGAUUAAGAAACGUAAGAUUUGACCUCAGCCAGUUGUCAACCUUCAAGACACAGUCUAUCUAAAAUUUGAACAUUGUAGACACUACAGAAGCUACCCACAAUCCAGCAUCUGUGGACUACAGAACCGCACUUUAAGUCCUCCCACGAGUCUCCUCUCCCCCAAUAUGUCAAGUCACUGGAAAUUGAACUAUUUAUUGCAUUUCGCAACCCUCUGUCACAACAUUCAGCAUACAGUAUUGUUUGAUUUUAAAGUUGAUUGCUAAUAUGGCUUGUAUGUGAAUUAUAUUUAUUUUAAGAUUUUAAUUACCGGUAUCUGUGUUGCUUCUCUUGCCUGAUUUGAAUCCGGUAUGUUUUGUAGUUAAACUGUAUCAUCAGUGUUUCUCCACACAUGAAAGCAAAUCUUAGCGUGUGGUUUACCCGAGCGCCAAAAUGAAGACUCUUGACAAAAUGUUCAGGUGCAGGAAGGAGUGUUUUCUCUUGAAACACUAUUUGUGGUGUCGGUUGUUCAGCAUAGCAAUGUAUGAAUGCGGAAUAAAGUCACUAUCAACAUUG